UGUCAAAAAAAAGCCGCCGCCGCCAUUAUUGGUAAAUUGAAACAAAAUAAUUUCACGUGCCUAUAAUAUUAUAGUACAGGUAAUUUAAUAUAAAUAUCAACAAAAUCACAAUGGCAGACAACGACGAUCUUCUCGAUUACGAAGAUGAGGAGCAGGCAGAUCAACAGACCGCCGACGGAGCGACCGACGCGCCGCAGAAAAAAGAGGUUAAAGGAUCCUAUGUAUCUAUCCACAGCUCAGGAUUUAGAGAUUUCCUGCUAAAACCUGAAAUAUUAAGAGCCAUAGUCGAUUGUGGUUUCGAGCAUCCCUCGGAAGUUCAACAUGAGUGUAUACCCCAGGCCGUUCUCGGAAUGGAUAUUCUGUGCCAAGCGAAAUCUGGUAUGGGUAAAACGGCCGUUUUCGUACUGGCUACGCUGCAGCAGCUGGAGCCCUCCGAGAAUCACGUCUACGUCCUAGUCAUGUGCCACACGAGAGAGCUGGCUUUCCAAAUCAGCAAAGAGUACGAGCGAUUCUCAAAGUACAUGGCCGGCGUCCGAGUGUCCGUGUUCUUCGGCGGGAUGCCGAUACAGAAGGACGAGGAGGUGCUGAAGAUGGCCUGCCCGCACAUCGUGGUCGGCACCCCGGGCCGCAUCCUGGCCCUAGUCAACAACAAGAAGCUAAAUCUCAAACACUUGAAGCACUUCAUCCUCGACGAGUGCGACAAGAUGCUGGAGUCGCUGGAUAUGCGGCGCGACGUGCAGGAGAUAUUCCGAAACACGCCGCACGGUAAGCAGGUGAUGAUGUUCUCCGCCACACUCAGCAAGGAGAUCCGGCCCGUCUGCAAGAAGUUCAUGCAGGACCCCAUGGAGGUGUAUGUGGACGACGAGGCCAAGCUCACCCUGCAUGGCCUCCAGCAGCACUACGUCAAGCUCAAGGAGAACGAGAAGAACAAGAAGCUGUUCGAGCUCCUGGACGUCUUGGAGUUCAACCAGGUGGUGAUCUUCGUCAAGUCCGUGCAGAGAUGUAUAGCCCUAGCGCAGCUCCUCACCGAUCAGAACUUCCCCGCCAUUGGAAUUCAUAGGAAUAUGACCCAGGACGAGCGUCUCUCCCGUUACCAGCAGUUCAAAGAUUUUCAGAAGAGAAUACUUGUAGCUACCAACCUGUUCGGAAGAGGAAUGGAUAUCGAGCGAGUGAAUAUUGUUUUCAACUAUGACAUGCCAGAGGACUCCGAUACGUACUUGCAUCGGGUGGCUCGAGCGGGAAGAUUCGGUACCAAAGGGCUGGCCAUCACUAUGGUGUCGGACGAGAACGAUGCCAAGAUCCUGAAUGAAGUACAAGACCGAUUUGAUGUUAACAUUACAGAGCUCCCGGAAGAAAUAGAAUUGUCCACGUACAUUGAAGGACGAUAGGUUUAAGGUCUAGCUUACUUCUCAUUCCCAUUUCUAUGAUAAUUGAUUUAUACGCUAUAGAUUGUGAUCUAUACCUGUGACUAACUUGUUUGACAGUUUGCAUUAAUACCUAGAAGCAAGUAAAUUUAGUAUUAAGAAAAUAAAACAAAAGUUUGAUAUUGUA